AAUUACAAACCAACCUGAGAAGAUAGUUCACAGUUUGACCAGAAUCCAAUCACCUCCUCUCCUCCUCCAGAUGCUGAAGUUUCUUCAUAGACCAUCAACUCACAUCUCCAAGCUCCAAUCUUUCACCUUCAGAUCGUUAUCUCAACCUCCUUCUCCCUCAAAGUCACCACCUUUGUUCCCUUCUCUGUCUUCUUCUUCGAGUCUAGCAGAAUCAAUACUAAAAUGCAGAUCAGCAGAAGAAGCGCUCAAACUCUUCCACACAUCUCCAAGACUCAACAACACAUCGAACUCCAACGAUCUCAGAUCUCUCUCCGCAUUAAUCCACGUCCUAACCGGAGCUCAGAGGUACACGCACGCAAGGUGUUCGAUGAAACGCCUCAUAGAAACUCUCAAGCGCCGCCCUCACAGAGUUUUCAACGCCCUUGAGGAUGUUAACAGCUCGAAGCUCGGUAACGGCGUGUUUAGUCUACUGAUUAUGGAGUUUGCUGAGAUGGGUUUGUUCGAAGAAGCUCUCUGGGUGAGCCGUGAGAUGAGAACUUCCCCUGAUGUGAAAGCUUGUCUCACGGUUUUGAAUGGUUUGGUUAGAAGGAGAAGGUUUGAGUCUGUGUGGGUUGAUUAUGAAUCUAUGGUCUCUCGUGGGUUGGUUCCUGAUGUGUACAUUUACUCUGUUUUGUUUCAAUGCUGUUUCAAACAAGGCUUGUCCUCCAAGUUAAAGGUGCUUUUUGAGGAAAUGGCAUCUAGAGGGAUCAAGGCGAAUGUUUAUGUUUUUACUAUAUACAUCCGUGAUCUGUGUAGGGAGAGUAAGAUGGAGGAAGCGGGGAAAGUGUUCGACUUGAUGAAGAGGAAACAUGGUGUUGCUCCGAACUUGUUUACUUACAGUGCAAUGAUUGGUGGGUACUGCAAAACCGGUGGGUUAAGACAGGCUUACACGUUGUAUAAGGAGAUUCUGGUGCCAAACGUUGUGGUUUUCGGAGCGUUGGUUGAUGGUUUCUGCAAAGCUAACGAAUUGGUAGCUGCUAGGAGUCUUUUAGUGCAUAUGGUGAAGUUUGGGGUUGAUCCUAAUUUGCAUGUUUAUAACUGUCUAAUCUAUGGGGAGUGCAGAUCAGGGAGCUUGUCAGAAGCAGUGAGAUUGUGUUCUGAGAUGGAAAGGUUGAGUCUUUGGCCUGAUGUGUUUACUUAUACUAUACUUAUCAACGGGCUAUGUAGUGAAGAUCGGUUAACAGAAGCAGAUGGAUUGUUUCAGAAGAUGAAGAGUGAGAGGAUCUUUCCUAGCUCUGUGACUUACAAUUCGUUGAUUCAUGGGUAUUGUAAAGAGGACAAUAUGGAGAAAGCUUUGGAGUUGUGCUCAGAGAUGACAGCAAAUGGUGUAGAACCGGACAUCAUAACGUUUUCUACUUUGAUCGAUGGUUACUGCAAGUUGAGAAACAUGAAAGCUGCAAUGGGAUUGUACUCUGAGAUGAGCAUCAAAGGCAUAGUUCCUGACGUUGUGACGUACACAGCUUUGAUCGAUGGGCAGUUCAAAGAAGCUAACGUGAAAGAAGCACUAAAGCUGUACAGUGAUAUGUUAGAAGCUGGAGUCCACCCCAAUGAGCACACAUUCGCUUGCCUCGUUGAUGGUUUCUGGAAAGAAGGGAGAGUCUCUGAUGCCAUCGAGUUUUAUCUGGAGAACAAUCAAGCUAAUAGGGCAUGCUGGAAUCAUGUGGGUUUCACUUGUUUGAUUCAAGGGUUAUGUCAGAACGGCUACAUUCUUAGAGCUACCAGGUUGUUUUCAGACAUGAGAUCUGGUGGGGUAACCCCGGACUUACAGAGUUAUGUAUCAAUGCUAAAAGGUCAUCUUCAAGAAAAGCGUGUUAUUGAUACAAUGAUGUUGCACUGUGAUAUGAUCAAAACUGGUAUUUUGCCAAACCUUGUGGUGAAUCAGUUCCUAGCCAUGCUUUACCAAGAGAAUGGAUAUCAAAGAUCAGCUUGUUUCUUGACCAACUUGAAUCAUUUAGGAACUAUAAGUUUAUUUAAUUAGAGAGAUGGAUGCUUCAUGCCACACACACAGACAAAAUCACUUCUUGCUCUGUCCACUGCCAUGCAAGUUACUAAAGUAGCCUUGAGGGUUACUCUCGAAUCCACCUCUUGAGAUGAAAGCACUACCUUUGGACCCCGGUGCUACCAUAUUAUUACCUCCUCCACCGCCUCCGCUCUUUCCACCACCGCUGCUACCGCUACCGCCACUGCUCUUUCCUCCACCGCCACCGCUCUUUCCUCCACCGCUGCUGCCGUUUUUUCCACUCAUAUUUCAAAAUUUUGGUUAUGUUCAAGAACUUAGAGAUAUGAGACUGUGCAAGUUUGUGACUUGAACAUUGCCUAUUUAUAGUGGUACAUAGCGGAUUCAAACCGUUGGUCAAAGAAAAAUGACACUUCCCAAGAUUAUUGUAAUCAC